UUCAUUUGUUCUUGGGGCUAAGCAGGCUAAGGGAGGAAGAAAGAGGAGUUUUAGGUUACAUCCGCUUUUCAAAGUUGAUGCUUUUGCUUCUGAAACGCAUUUUUUAGCGAAUUCAUCACCAAGUAUACAGCAAAGAUAUCCGUCGUUAAGUCUUUAUUUCAGCAAACUUCAGGGUCAUAAAAAUAAAGUGUAAAGAGUGUAAAGAGUGAAUUCAAGUGGGCAUAAAAAAUGGUUGCCCUUCAAAUUCAAAAAAGACAAAAUGCCUACAACCUGUAUUGUGUCAUCUUGCAAGGCUGGGUAUCGAACGAACCCAGAAAGAGUAUCUUUUUUUUCAAUCCCAAAAGACAAAUCUUUACGGGAUCAGUGGGCUAGAGCUAUUCGCAGGGAUAAGGGAGAUUUAAAAUCCCAUCAUCGAGUGUGCUCCAAACACUUCAGAGCUUGCGAUAUCAUCCUCCACAAGAAGUUCAUGAAACCCGAUGGGGAAAUCAUUGCUGAGACUUCACUCAAUAAAUCUCAAUUGCGAGAGGGAGCAGUACCAAUGAUAUUUCUUGGUGCUGAGAGCUGUAAGAGAGUUUCUUUGGAAAGCUCUGAAUCCAUUAACUUGAAGACAAAUUCCCUUGAGAUUUGCGGACAAGUCUCAGUGUUUUUGGAGGGACAAGAGUCUUUGACAGUUCCAGCGAUAAUGUCUAAUAAUAACGACGACCAAACUCUUACGCCUAACACCAUCGAGACUCUCAUUAAUUCAAAAAUUGAUGAUCAGACACUGUGCAGCAACCUCAUGGCUGAAACUCUCGCUAUUCCGAUGAAUGAUACCCAGAAUAUCUCCAGCAUUAACGGUACCCAGCCUCUCUUCCUCCAAAUCAUAAAGAACAAGUUCCAAUUACCAGCAGGGUGGUGUCAAACAAAUUAUAACUAUGAAGGAUCUCAAGUUGUAGUUUUUUCUCAGACUGAACUCCGACACAUUCAUGGUGCCCUUGGCACAAUGAACAUCAAAGAAAUCGUUAUAAAUUCCAAAUUAGAACUAACAGUAAAAGCUCUCCAUCAUCCCAUUGAUCUUACGACUUUUCAUAUAGAUGGGUUGGUGACAGACGUUGACAUGGUGCAAGGUUUAAUAUUUACUGUACAUAAUUUUAAUAUUUGUUAUGGAUGUGCUGUAUCAGAAAUUUUAGAAAACAUUCAGAGCAAAGUCACAUUCAAGGAUUGUAUGAAUACCUUGAGACAUAAGAACUGUCAAUGGCUGACGAAAUCUAGUCAGUGCAUUUUUUGUGCCAAAGGCAAAAGAACUUUGAAAAGGAAAUGUGUGAGGCUUAAGGAACAGCCAAAGCCGAAAAGAAUGCACCUAGACAAUUCUGUUCGCACAAAAAAACUUUUGAACCAGAAAAAGGACAGAAUUUGCAAUUUUAGAAAGACUGUUGGAAAACUGCGAGUGGACAAUCAAAAACUACGAAAACGACUGGAGGAUAGUCAGAAGCAAGUGGCAGGGAUGAAAGAAGAGACACUUGCCCAAGUCCUUGGAAAACAUGAAUUAAAUAAGCAUCACGAAACCGUUGUUUGGGAGAUUUUUAAUGCAGCGAAACGAAAGGGGUUAAAGGGCAAUCGAUAUGGAGAAGAUUGGUUGAUGAUUUGUGCUCUAGUACAUAUGAAAUCAUCAAGUACAUACCGAUUUAUCUACGAUAAUAAUAUUCUGCCCGUUCCCAGUGUUAGUACGAUUAAAAGGAAUUUGAGAGCGAUCAAGGCGAAGUGUGGGUUUGAUCCAGAGUUUUUCAAGCUUUUUGCAGAGUUUUUAUCUGCUAAAACACAGGAAGAAAGACAUGGCUUUAUUCUCCUCGAUGAGAUGUUUACUCGCCAGAGUAUUGCAGUCAAUUCUCAGACCCUUUCGUUUGCUGGCUUAGAGGAUUUUGGGGAUGAGAGUCAAUCACAGCCGACCCUGAAGGAUAAAGCUGAUCAUGGCCUCGUUUUCAUGUUCCACUCCCUUUAUGGAUCUUAUACACAACCUGUAGCAGUAUUUGCAUCGAAGGGCUCCACAACUGGUGUAAUGCUAGCAAAAUUAAUUGUGAAAUGUAUUACAUUAUUGGAAAAAGCAGGGGCGGUAGUUCACGGAAUUAUCAGUGAUGGAGCAUCGACUAAUCGAAGUUGCUGGGAGGCCUUGGGAGUGAAAACUAAGAAGAAGGAGCUGAAGAGUUGGUUCUCCCUCCCAGGUGAUGAGAAACGAAAAAUAUACGCAUUCUCAGACACGCCUCACCUCAUCAAAACUAUCAGAAACCGAUUAUGUAAUAAUAAGACUCUUCAGCGGGAGGAGGGGCAAGCUCUAAUUAAGUGGGAGCAUUUUCAGACUUUACACGAAGUAGAUGGUCAAUUUCCUAGUCAUCUACGUAUCUGCUCAAAGCUCACUAAACACCAUUUGGAUCUAAAUAGUUCCUCUCGAAUGCGAGUUCGAUUGGCUGUCCAGCUAUUCAGUAAGUCAGUAGCUGAUGGAUUACAGUUCUAUCAGAGCAGUAAUGUCCCUGGCUUUGAAGACUGUGAGAAUACGACGAAAUUCUGCAGAGACAUCAACAAUAUGUUUGAUGCACUGAAUGAAAAUGUCAAUGGCGUGAAACCCGGCGACGAUCAUUUCACAUGUCUUCUGAACUCUUUGAAAAUGUUGGAUGAGUGGGAAGAAAAAGUCGACCAAAAAAUUUUGCCUAAGUCAGCGUUUCUCACCAGGGAAACUGCUGAGGAGCUCUGAGUAUCUCUGAGAUCGAUGAUAGAUUUAAUUACGGAUUUGACAAGCCAAGGGUUUGAGGGUAUUCGUACUGGAAGAAUUAAUCAAGAUCCACUCGAGGUUAGCUCAACAAUUCUUAUUUCAUUUGGCCGAAGUAGACUGUGGAAUAACAACAAAUUGGUGCUAAUAAUCUAACUUCUCAUCUCAAUAUCAUGCUGGAAUAGUCUUGAUAAAUUCGUUUCUUCAGAAUCUUUUAGAGUCUAUUUUUUUUAACGUUUCUUCCAAUCUAUCUGUUUCUCUCCUCCAAUUAUGCCCAAUGUCUCGGGUAAUUAACACUUCCAACACUUACUGUGAUUAUUAACAAUUCUAUCGAUUAUGAGUAUUGCUUUUGUUGAUACGUGUUAUAAAUAUGCGCUUUUACAACACUUGGAGCACUGAAUUUGUAGUACUCAUAUGCUCAAUCCUAUAUUUAACUUUCCCUUCCUCCAGCAAUUUUUUGGAUCAGUUAGAGCAGCAGGUGGGUCUAAUGACCAUCCUUCGACACCAACGUUUUUACAGAUCUAUCGCAUUCUUUCUCUGUUUAACAUUCUGAAGCCUCCUAAAACUGGGAACUGUACAUACCUGGAAGAUCACAAACCUCUCAUUUCCCUAUCCAACUUAAAAGAAAUUUACGUAUCCAAGCGAGAGACUAUUAACAUCAAAAUAUUGAAACAAAAGUUGGCUAUGGCUGUAGAAAUUGAGGAUUGGACCGUGGAAGAUACGGUCAC